CACUAAGUAGGUAGGUAUGGUUCAUUGCGUCAAAAUUAGAUCUAGUAAUGCUACUAUAGCUAAGUAUUUGAGCUAUAAGUACCGUUACGACCAACGUGAAGCGCGACCACAAAUGGCGAGCGGAAAAUGUACUUACGUGCUUUAGAGGGUUUAUUGACCCCAAGGACCUAACCACACCGCGAAGGUCGUCCGGCCAGGCCAACCUGCACACCGCUAUCGGUCGCUAGAGGGCAGUUAUGGUCCUACCUAACGGAGGACCUGUGCGGCUCGGACCGGAUUUGCGACUGGUCCGUCACCUCAGCACGGUCGGGACUCGAAGGGGGCGGCGUCAGUCUGCCGCGAGCGCUGCUGGCGGUGGGACCGGCUGGAGCGUGCACGGGAGGUGACGAGUGCCAUGUGACUAGGAGGUGGACUCUGAAGACAAGAACCGUGGCGAUGGAACGCCGCGUUAGCUGUGGUAGCCGGAGCGUUCUCAGACACACGAUGCUCACUGUUUGCCUUCUCUGCGCAUUUCUGACUCUUGGAGGUGUGGUGAUUGGGGAGAACGUCGAUCCCCUCGUGACAUCAGACUCGAAUCCCUCGUCUGUGAUAAGUGUGCGAGACGGUUUGGUGCGACGGGCGCGCUCCCUGGAUAGGACUGUUGGGGACGGGUUAGGUCAUCUACGAGACCUCGAGGGCUUAGGGUUGAACUCAGAGAGCGAGAACAGUAUUGAAGUGACCCCGAGUGCAGAGGUGGCGCCGAGAGUGGCUCCAGUGUCGAGAGACUUCCAGGAAUUAAGCAAUGAAGUGAUAGGUGAGGUGGCCUCUGAAGUGCCCCAUGAGGUGGCUCAAUCGUCAACAAAGGUAGUUCAGUCGGAGGUGACCUCUCAGCGGGGAGGUCAGGGGUCCUUCGAGGAGGCGAGACCCGUACCAGACUUACUUCGUCACGUGUUCAUAGCCGUGAAGACGUCGGGUCAGUUUCACGGCACCCGGCUGCCGCCGAUCCUGGACACGUGGUUCACCACCGCACCCAAUCAGACGUGGUUUUUCUCUGAUAUCGACGAUGCCGAGCUUCAACAGCGCACAGGUGGACACGUAAUUAACACCAACUGUUCGCCAUCCCACCGAAGGGAGGCGCUCUGCUGCAAAAUGGCCGUCGAAUACGACACCUUCAUGGCCUCUGGGAAAAAGUGGUUCUGUCACUUCGAUGACGACAAUUACGUGAACGUGGUUCGUCUGUCAGAGCUGCUCUCUGGAUACAGUCCCCAGCAGGACUGGUACCUGGGCAAGAACAGCAUCCGGGCGCCGCUGCAGAUCCUCGACAGAGACCGGCCAGGGGAGCGGGUGUCAUUCUGGUUCGCCACUGGUGGGGCUGGCUUCUGCCUCAGUCGAGCCCUCGCCCUCAAAAUGGCACCCAUCGCCAGCGGCGGCCGGUUUAUGCGGGUCGGUGACAAAAUCAGACUGCCCGAUGACGUCACUGUCGGCUAUAUUGUCGAGCACCUGCUGAAGGUGCCUCUCUCCGUUGUGGACCAGUUCCACUCACACCUGGAGCAGAUGAAAUUCAUUAGGACCGACCAGCUGAGUAAACAGAUAUCGUUCAGCUACUCUCAGUACCCGGAUGAGGCAAAUGUCGUCAGUCUGGACACACUGGACUCGCAGAGGGACCCGACCAGGUUUUACUCGCUUCACUGUCUGAUUCAUCCAAACGCCACGUUCUGUCCGUCAUGAAGCCGUUCAAAUCGCUAUGAGAAGGUACGAAUACGGGCUAUCACGGGACGUACGGCACGGACCGUCACGGAAUCUGCGAUUGACGGGUCUGCACUGCCACCGUCCUGCAUGUGACGUCAUCCGUGCCCCGUUUUACCACCAAGUGACGUCACCCACCUCUGCGUUUCGGCUCAGCGGCAAAUGCGUCUCCCGCAACACCCAACGCAGCGGCUCUCUACAGUCUCCAAGACGUGAUCAAUCUGUGAUAUGCUGUGACGAGGCUGUUGAUGCGAACAAUACCCGACCGGCCGUUGCCGACAGUGAUGAUACCUGGCGCUCGCGCUGCCACCGCGCCGCUCUGGACCGACAAACGCGACUGUCCGCCGCGCGGUGCGAUCCUUAUCAGCAACGCCAAGGUAAACGGCUCGCGCCCCGGCGAAAAGUCUCUCCGACUCGAAAUCACCGAGGAAACUGGUGGCCCAUUGACGCUUCGCGACUCUUUUACGCCGCCGGACAAUAGGUCGCGGUACAAUCGGACGGUAAUCGGGUGUCGGAGGGUCGUCACUGGACGGGACAGGUGUUGGUUUGGCUGUGGGGCGGACGCGGACGGCGCGGAGCCGUCCAAAAACCAGGCGCGAUGGGCUGUUGUUGCGACCCGCCAUAUGUGUUGGAUGGAUGACGACGCGGCGCUAGUUUGUAUUUAUUUACAUGACGUUUGUCGUUUUGUUAGCAUUGUUAAGUGUGGUGCUGAUUGUGUGAGGCAUGCCGGCUAUGAGAUCUCAUGCGAAGAACUGUGGUGUGAAGUGUGGAAUUGAUCCUUACCGGUUAAAUGUGUCGUGAUGCGCUUGUAGGUAUUUAUGCAGUGACUUUACAAUUAUGGCUGCCCCUCCACACGAUGUGAAACACGCAUGUUGAUAUUGUAUAAUGUUUAGUUAUAGACCGCAAACAAAUGGCAGCAUUCCUGUUUGUCCGAGUAAAUCGUGAAAUAAAAACAUGACAAACGGC